CCGGGACGAGCCUUGGUUUGUGCGCUUCAGGGUUCCGCGAGGGCGGCGGCGACAUCUCUUGAUUAAAAGACUCAGCGUUCAGUGCUCCAGCCGUGAGACCUAAGGGAUCCGCCACCGCGCCGCAACCAUGCCCAACUUCUCUGGCAACUGGAAGAUCAUCCGAUCAGAAAACUUCGAGGAUUUGCUGAAAGCGCUGGGUAAGAUGAUGCUCCCCACAUCCGUCGCUGUAGCAGCAGCAUCCAAGCCAGCAGUGGAGAUCAAACAGGACGGGGACACCUUCUACAUCAAAACCUCCACCACCGUGCGCACCACCGAGAUCAACUUCAAGGUCGGGGAAGAGUUCGAGGAGCAGACUGUGGACGGGAGACCCUGUAAGAGCCUGGUCAAGUGGGAGAGUGAGAACAAGAUGGUCUGUGAGCAGAGGCUUCUGAAGGGGGAGGGCCCCAAGACCUCCUGGACCAGAGAACUGACCAAUGAUGAAGAGCUGAUCCUGACCAUGACGGCGGAUGACGUGGUGUGCACCAGGGUCUACGUCCGAGAGUGAGGCGCCAUGGGUCCAGGAGCCAGCGGAGCCCACCCCACACGCUCACCGCCCGCCUCCCUGCCCCGGGCCCUCACCCUCCUGCCCACUCCCUCCCUCUAGGCUAGCUCUCCCUGAUCCUGGCUGCGGCUAGGGUCUCUGACUUGCCUCUUGCAGGUCUUGCUUUCUUCAUCCCCCUUCUCCCUUCCCUGCACCGCAAAGAGCGAUGGAUUAAAGAGUCCCUCCCCACGUCCGCCAUCCCAGCCCCAAACAGCCAGAGUAGGAUCUCUCUCUCUGGGAGGAGACCCAAGAGCCUGAGUGAGAAAGCCUGGCCUCUGACCUCCACUCUUAGUCCCUGUAGCCUGUAUGGUUUAGACUAUUUAUUUGUUAAUUUUAUUA